AUGCAGGAAAAACACCAGCCUUCCAGCCCGGGGCCAAGCAGUUUAGGGGGGAAGGCUCAUCCAGCUCUCAAAGCCUUCAUGUGCGGCUCCCUCAGUGGCACGUGCUCCACGCUGCUUUUCCAGCCUUUGGACCUGGUGAAGACACGGCUGCAGACCUUGCAGAACACCGCCAAACCAGGUUCACCAAAAGUGGGGAUGUUAAGUGUUUUUAUCAACGUCAUAAGGACAGAAAACGUCUUCAGCCUGUGGAAAGGAGUUUCUCCUUCUUUUGUCCGCUGCAUCCCCGGUGUGGGCAUCUACUUCAGCACCUUCUACUCACUCAAGCAGCACUUCUUCCUGGACCGGGCACCCAAUGCCGGCGAGGCUGUUCUCCUGGGCGCCGGUGCCAGAGCGGUGGCCGGUGUCUGCAUGCUGCCGUUCACCGUCAUCAAAACGCGCUUUGAGAGCGGCUUCUACAACUACGUGAGCGUGACCGGGGCUCUGAGGAGCAUGUACGAGACGGAGGGGUUGAGAGCGCUGUUCUCGGGCCUCACCGCGACGCUACUCCGUGAUGCCCCCUUCUCGGGGAUCUACGUCAUGUUCUACAGUCAGACUAAGAAGACUCUGCCUCCAGAGGUGACGUCAUCGGUCUACGUACCCCUGGUCAACUUCAGCUGCGGCGUGGUGGCGGGCGUCAUGGCGUCGCUGGUGACGCAGCCAGCAGAUGUGGUCAAGACGCACAUUCAAGUCAGCCCGUCGCACUGGAGCACAGCAGAUGCUGUUCGUUACAUCUACAUGAAGCACGGCCUUGGGGGCUUUUUCCGCGGUGCUGUACCUCGGUCCCUCCGUCGCACUCUGAUGGCCGCCAUGGCCUGGACUGUCUACGAACAGCUGAUGGCUCAGAUGGGCCUCAAAUCCUGA